UUCAACGACGGGACGUGAACGCAACACGCACGCAGUUGCUCGGCUGCAGACUCCGCCCCCCUCCAUGUGAUACAUGGAGCAAAAUGGGAUUCAGUCAGUGACUGGUGGUCGGGGAUGGUAAAUGCACCUUAAGUUGCCAUCCACCAGUAAAAAACAAAAGAAGUAGAAGUCAGUGACUGGUCGUUGAAAGUGGUCAGUAGAGACUUGAUCCAAAGUGCAAAGAUGCGAGUAGCAGUGAUUGGAGCUGGAGUCAUUGGCCUGUCAGCAGCUCAGAGUAUAUAUGAGCAGUACCACUCCAUAGUCAGCCCACUGACCAUUGAGGUGUAUGCAGACCGCUUCACCCCUCUGACCACCAGCGAUGGAGCCGCUGGCUUCUGGCAGCCAUACCUCUAUGAUAAGGGCAACAUCCAGGAGACAAAGUGGAAUAAGGAGACCUUUGAUUACCUGCUAAACUGGCUGAGCUCACCUGAGGCAGUAAAAAUGGGCAUAUUCCUCCAAUCAGGUUACAACCUCUGCACCGAACCCCUUCCAGAGCCAUCGUUUAAAGACAUCGUCCUGGGCUUCAGACAGCUCACAGAGCGGGAGCUGCAAAUGUUUCCUGGAUACAAGUUUGGCUGGUUCAACACAGCUCUCAUGGUGGAAGGUAAAACCUAUUUACCAUGGCUGAUGAAGUGGUUGAAAGAGAGGGGCGUCAAAUUUUAUCACAAGAAGAUAGAGUCAUUUAAAGAGCUUUCUGAUGCUGGGGUGGAUGUGAUAAUAAACUGCACUGGGAUAAGAUCUGGGGAGCUGCAGCCUGACCCGGACCUAACACCAGGCCGCGGCCAGAUAGUUAAGGUGGACGCCCCCUGGCUGAAGCAUUGGAUUAUUACCCACAGCACCAAAGCUGGAGUGUACAAUUCACCGUAUAUCAUCCCAGGGAGCCGUCUUGUGACUGUGGGAGGGGUUUUCCAGCUGGGAAACUGGAGUGAGCAGAACAACUCCACUGACCAUGAGAACAUCUGGAAGACUGCCUGUCGGCUUGAGCCCAGUCUCAAGCAUGCCAAGAUAGUAGAGGACUGGGCCGGUCUCAGGCCUGUUCGCAGCAAAGUCCGACUGGAGCGAGAGACCAUACAAUCCGGUGGCUCCACAAUUGAGGUCGUACACAACUACGGCCAUGGUGGCUUUGGGCUCACCAUUCACCGGGGUUGUGCUCAGGAGACAGCAAGACUGUUCGGUCAGAUUGUGGCGCAGAAGGGCAAACGCCCCAAAGCUCGCCUGUAGGCCUGAGUCCAGCAACAGGGAUUGGGACUCUUUAACAAAGCAAACUAUGCUGACAAUCAUUACAACCUGAGAUGCCUUUCAACAAAUGAGUUUGAGUUAAAAAAUAAUUGUCAGUGUUUUAUGUUUUUGUAGUUUGUUGUAAAUCCAUUGAUUCUAGAAUAUAAAAUUUCUCUUCUAAUUUUAUAAAUAAUAAUAAAAAAAUGACUCCAUUUGCA